AUGAAGGCUGUAGUACUGCUACUUGUCCAACUAGCCGCCCUUCAUGGCGUGGGGCACGCAGUGCCGAUAGGAGCAGUACCAGCACCAGUCAGUCACAAAUACAUCAGAAAUGGAAGUUCGUGGGACCAUGGGCAAACACGUAAGGAAUAUAGGCAUCCUUUGAAUGAGAAAACAGAAGUACCAAAAAAAGGGCGGUUACCGAGCAAGAAGGUAAACAGAGACGGUUACGAUAAGAUAGCAGAUGGAGUUAAAGACGUUGUAGGUAAGAGUACGACGGAGUACAAAGAAAACACAAAACAAUCUUCCGAAGGUGGAAUCGGAGGAGCGACCAACGACGACUGGAAGGUAUUCACGGAGGAAUCAAUGGAAGACUGGAUAUCAGGAAAGGAGGAGACCACAGUGGCUAACAAAGAUUUUACAAAUGAAGUUACAGACGAAGUUGAUCAGCGUACAACCCACAAUCCAGAAGCGACAGAUGGUAUCGCCGAUGAAGGGGUUAAAGGUGAGACCACGGAAGAAUCAGAUGAAUUCAAGAAAGAGUCAACUGAAGAUUCUAUGCCGGGUGUGAAUAUGACCACAGCGGAUUACGACGAUUUCACAGGUGGAUUAAACGAAAAAUUAGACCAGAGAACGACGGAGUACCCAGAACAAACAAGUGAAUUCUCCUAUGGAGGAGUUGCAGGAAAGAACACGGAUAAUCCGGGUAAAUUCACGGAAGAAUCAACCGAAGUCGGGGCGUCAGGAGUGGUGGGGAAUACAGAGGCUUACGGCGAUUUCACUGAUGGAGUGACUGACGAAUUUGAUCAGAACACGACGGAACACGGAGAACGAACAAAUGAAUUAUCCGAUGAAGGAGUUAGAGAUGAGACCACGGACGACUUGGGUCAAUUCACGGAAGAGUCAACUGAACUUCCGUUGCCGAGUGUGGAUGUGACCACAGAGGCAUAUGGCGAACCAACACAUGGAGCUACCGACGAAUUUGAUCAAAAUAUGACGAAAUACGGAGAACACACAAACGAAUACUCAGAGGGAGAAUUUGGAGGUGUGACCACAGACGACUCGGGUGAAUUAACGGAAGAUUCAACCGAAGUUCGGGUGCCGGGUGUGGAUGUGACAACAGAGCAUGUCGACGAUUUCACAGAAGAAGUGAACGAAGAAUUUGGUCAGAGUACGACGGAAUACCCAGAACACACAAAUGAAUUCUCCAAUGGAGUAGUUGGAGGUGAGACCACGGAUGCAUCGGGUGAAUCCACGCAAGAAACAACCGAAGACUGGUUCUCAGGAGAGGAGGUGACUACAGAUGAUUACGGUGACUUCACACAUGGAGUUACCGAAGAAUUUGGUCAGAGUACGACGGAAUACCCAGAACACACAAAUGAAUUCUCCAAUGGAGUAGUUGGAGGUGAGACCACGGAUGCAUCGGGUGAAUCCACGCAAGAAACAACCGAAGACUGGUUCUCAGGAGAGGAGGUGACUACAGAUGAUUACGGUGACUUCACACAUGGAGUUACCGAAGAAUUUGGUCAGAGUACGACGGAAUACCCAGAACACACAAAUGAACUGUCCGAUGGAGUAGUUGGAGGUGAGACCACGGAUGCAUCGGGUGAAUCCACGCAAGAAACAACCGAAGACUGGUUCUCAGGAGAGGAGGUGACUACAGAUGAUUACGGUGACUUCACACAUGGAGUUACCGAAGAAUUUGGUCAGAGUACGACGGAAUACCCAGAACACACAAAUGAAUUCUCCAAUGGAGUAGUUGGAGGUGAGACCACGGAUGAAUUGGGUGAAUUCACGCAAGAAACAACCGAGGACUGGUUCUCAGGAGAGGAGGUGACUACAGAUGAUUACAGUGACUUCACCCAUGAAGUUACCGAAGAAUUUGGUCAGAGUACGACGGAAUACCCAGAACACACAAAUGAAUUCUCCAAUGGAGUAGUUGGAGGUGAGACCACGGAUGCAUCGGGUGAAUCCACGCAAGAAACAACCGAAGACUGGUUCUCAGGAGAGGAGGUGACUACAGAUGAUUACGGUGACUUCACACAUGGAGUUACCGAAGAAUUUGGUCAGAGUACGACGGAAUACCCAGAACACACAAAUGAAUUCUCCAAUGGAGUAGUUGGAGGUGAGACCACGGAUGAAUUGGGUGAAUUCACGCAAGAAACAACCGAAGACUGGUUCUCAGGAGAGGAGGUGACUACAGAUGAUUACGGUGAAUUCACACAUGGAGUUACCGAAGAAUUUGGUCAGAGUACGACGGAAUACCCAGAACACACAAAUGAAUUCUCCAAUGGAGUAGUUGGAGGUGAGACCACGGAUGCAUCGGGUGAAUCCACGCAAGAAACAACCGAAGACUGGUUCUCAGGAGAGGAGGUGACUACAGAUGAUUACGGUGACUUCACACAUGGAGUUACCGAAGAAUUUGGUCAGAGUACGACGGAAUACCCAGAACACACAAAUGAAUUCUCCAAUGGAGUAGUUGGAGGUGAGACCACGGAUGCAUCGGGUGAAUCCACGCAAGAAACAACCGAAGACUGGUUCUCAGGAGAGGAGGUGACUACAGAUGAUUACGGUGACUUCACACAUGGAGUUACCGAAGAAUUUGGUCAGAGUACGACGGAAUACCCAGAACACACAAAUGAAUUCUCCAAUGGAGUAGUUGGAGGUGAGACCACGGAUGCAUCGGGUGAAUCCACGCAAGAAACAACCGAAGACUGGUUCUCAGGAGAGGAGGUGACUACAGAUGAUUACGGUGAAUUCACACAUGGAGUUACCGAAGAAUUUGGUCAGAGUACGACGGAAUACCCAGAACACACAAAUGAAUUCUCCAAUGGAGUAGUUGGAGGUGAGACCACGGAUGCAUCGGGUGAAUUCACGCAAGAAACAACCGAGGACUGGUUCUCAGGAGAGGAGGUGACUACAGAUGAUUACGGUGACUUCACACAUGGAGUUACCGAAGAAUUUGGUCAGAGUACGACGGAAUACCCAGAACACACAAAUGAAUUCUCCAAUGGAGUAGUUGGAGGUGAGACCACGGCUGAAUCAGGUGAAUUCUCGCGAGAAUCAACCGAAGACUGGUUCUCAGGAGAGGAGGUGACUACAGAUGAUUACGGUGACUUCACACAUGGAGUUACCGAAGAAUUUGGUCAGAGUACGACGGAAUACCCAGAACACACAAAUGAAUUCUCCAAUGGAGUAGUUGGAGGUGAGACCACGGAUGCAUCGGGUGAAUCCACGCAAGAAACAACCGAAGACUGGUUCUCAGGAGAGGAGGUGACUACAGAUGAUUACGGUGACUUCACACAUGGAGUUACCGAAGAAUUUGGUCAGAGUACGACGGAAUACCCAGAACACACAAAUGAAUUCUCCAAUGGAGUAGUUGGAGGUGAGACCACGGAUGCAUCGGGUGAAUCCACGCAAGAAACAACCGAAGACUGGUUCUCAGGAGAGGAGGUGACUACAGAUGAUUACGGUGAAUUCACACAUGGAGUUACCGAAGAAUUUGGUCAGAGUACGACGGAAUACCCAGAACACACAAAUGAAUUCUCCAAUGGAGUAGUUGGAGGUGAGACCACGGAUGCAUCGGGUGAAUCCACGCAAGAAACAACCGAAGACUGGUUCUCAGGAGAGGAGGUGACUACAGAUGAUUACGGUGACUUCACACAUGGAGUUACCGAAGAAUUUGGUCAGAGUACGACGGAAUACCCAGAACACACAAAUGAAUUCUCCAAUGGAGUAGUUGGAGGUGAGACCACGGAUGCAUCGGGUGAAUCCACGCAAGAAACAACCGAAGACUGGUUCUCAGGAGAGGAGGUGACUACAGAUGAUUACGGUGACUUCACACAUGGAGUUACCGAAGAAUUUGGUCAGAGUACGACGGAAUACCCAGAACACACAAAUGAAUUCUCCCAUGGAGUAGUUGGAGGUGAGACCACGGAUGCAUCGGGUGAAUCCACGCAAGAAACAACCGAAGACUGGUUCUCAGGAGAGGAGGUGACUACAGAUGAUUACGGUGACUUCACACAUGGAGUUACCGAAGAAUUUGGUCAGAGUACGACGGAAUACCCAGAACACACAAAUGAAUUCUCCAAUGGAGUAGUUGGAGGUGAGACCACGGAUGCAUCGGGUGAAUCCACGCAAGAAACAACCGAAGACUGGUUCUCAGGAGAGGAGGUGACUACAGAUGAUUACGGUGAAUUCACACAUGGAGUUACCGAAGAAUUUGGUCAGAGUACGACGGAAUACCCAGAACACACAAAUGAAUUCUCCAAUGGAGUAGUUGGAGGUGAGACCACGGAUGCAUCGGGUGAAUCCACGCAAGAAACAACCGAAGACUGGUUCUCAGGAGAGGAGGUGACUACAGAUGAUUACGGUGACUUCACACAUGGAGUUACCGAAGAAUUUGGUCAGAGUACGACGGAAUACCCAGAACACACAAAUGAAUUCUCCAAUGGAGUAGUUGGAGGUGAGACCACGGAUGCAUCGGGUGAAUCCACGCAAGAAACAACCGAAGACUGGUUCUCAGGAGAGGAGGUGACUACAGAUGAUUACGGUGACUUCACACAUGGAGUUACCGAAGAAUUUGGUCAGAGUACGACGGAAUACCCAGAACACACAAAUGAAUUCUCCAAUGGAGGAGUUGGAGGUGACCGAGUCGGUGAAUACGAAGCACCGAGAUGUCGGGGGAGUGAACAGAAUGGGAUUCACAAUGGAGUACGAAGAAUUGGUCAGAGUACGACGAUACCCAGUACAGAUGGAGUACGAAGAAUUUGGUCAGAGUACGACUGA